AUGGUUUGUUCUUACAUGAGCCUAUGUGUGCAAAAUGUGGUCUGCCUAAGGCGAGUCGUCCAAAGACAGAUGAGCAACCAGAUUUGUUUCAUUUCUCAGACACCAUCUUCAUUUUGUUUCCACAUAUCCUCCGGGCAUUCUGAAUCAAAAUAUGCUAGCAUAUCUGUGUCAAAAACAAACCCCCGUUCAUCUCUUGUCCGGUUUCAAGCAUUCCAGGGAAGCUCUCUUGGGUCUAUCAUCUUGAAGCAGAGUAGCAACUGGCAUUCAUUAACUGUCAAAAGUAUAGUUAAUUCUGUUCCUUCCCAGAAGACAUGCCUUUCUAUUUCAGUGGGGUGCCAAAAUAUGAAUGUGAGGCUUUGGGUGCCUAGACACACAAUAACUCUCAAACUCGAUCAUAAUAUGGGUCCUGUUUUGUGGCUGAAAGGAUUUUCAUCUGCUGGUUUAGUUUUUGGUUUGUUUGUUUGUAAUUCAAAUUCUGAACCAGUUCAUGCUGAGGCACCUGGGGCGAAAGAUGAUCCUGAUUCCUCAGCUGCCAACUUUUCACAUGGGAAGAAAGUCUAUACCAACUAUUCUGUUAUUGGCAUACCUGGAGAUGGGAGAUGUUUAUUUCGCUCUGUUGCUCAUGGAGCUUGUGUACGGUCGGGAAAGCCUGCUCCGAAUGAGAGCCUUCAAAGGGAACUAGCUGACGAAUUACGAGCAAGAGUAGCAGAUGAAUUUUUCAAAAGGCGGAAAGAGACAGAAUGGUUCAUAGAAGGUGACUUUGACACCUAUGUUUCACAAAUAAAGAAGCCUCAUGUAUGGGGAGGUGAGCCUGAAUUGUUAAUGGCUUCUCAUGUUCUCCAGAUGCCAAUCACAGUCUACAUGCACGAUGAGGAUUCUGGCGGCCUGAUAUCCAUUGCCGAGUAUGGACAAGAAUAUGGCAAAGACAAUCCUAUCAAAGUCUUGUAUCAUGGUUUUGGCCAUUAUGAUGCAUUGCAGAUUCCUGGGAAAAAGGGUGCAAAACCCAAAUGGUAGAAUCUAUUUUUGAGUUUCAAAAUGUGAACCAGCAUCAAUACUAUUAUUUAGAGAACAAAAGGAUCUGUAUUUUUUCCUUCAUUGUAUUGUCACGUUAUUAUGAUCAUAUGAUGUCCCCUUUACAGAAAAGGCUUCGAG